CACCUUGAAGACCAAUCACAGUUGAGCUUGUCAAGCGGACAGCCAAUCAUCUGCCGAGACUUCGGGUGUCGCUUCUGGUCGGGACGACCCGAAAUGGACGCCCCAUCCCCAUCACCCCUGACAGAUUUCUAGCGGUGACACCAGCGACUCCACUCCGCCACGUCCUGGCCCUGCUCACACGCAACAACCCAAACCGUGGCUGUCUUUCUUUUCUAUGACACAUCCAAUUUAUGCCCAGCUAGAUUCGGUAGAAUCGCUGUUGGACGAACUUCCAUAUAUGUUUUAUCUGGGCCUGUUCUUUGUGAAUGUCCUGAUCCUCUACUAUGCCUUUCUGAUGGAGUACAUCGUCCUGAAUGUGGGGAUAGUGUUUCUGCCGGAGGAUAUGGACCAGGCGCUGGUGGACCUCGGGGUGCUGUCCGACCCGGCCUCUGUCCCUUAUGACACGGACACGGAGCUGGAUGUAUUUGAGGGGUAUCUUGAGUGACAGGGCGGCCCUGGAGGAAGAUAAAGACAGUGAAGUGGAGGUGGUGAUGAUGAUGAUGAUGCAGAGGUCCGGGGCAGAUUGGACCAGCGUGAACACUCCCUGGUCACUGAUGUGGGGAGGACAUGCCUCACAGUGGAUGCUGUUGCUGCCUUUUUCUCACACAGACAUAUCAGUGAAAAAGUUGUCUCGACUUAAAAGAAGGUAGCCUGAGGAGGAGACUGCACCACUGGCCACAUGAUCAGCGACUGUCUCAUGGGACUCUGCACUGGAUCAGCUGUCAGUCUGUUGCCAUACUAGAAGGAAUAGCCACACCAAGGGGUUAGCACUGGCGUCUGUGUCCUCCACUUUGGACACGAUGAAAGAAAGCACCAUGUGCUGCAAGUGCUCAGAGACAGCUAUUCCCCGUGGAUGUAAAAUGAAUGUUAACAGAGAUGUGGAGCAUGACUCAGGUCGUCUGCAGUGCAGCCAGUUCAGAUACAGUCGCCUGAUGUGUCUGGUAUUUACACUGAACAAUCACCCAGGCUGUGCAGGAUCUGGUGGCCAACUGCUGAAGGAAGUGAAUCAAAUCUUCACACACAGUCACAGUGUGAUGUCCUACGCAGUGUGACAUCUCAGAAGAACUGGCAAACAGUGUGAGAACGAUGUCCACUUUAGGUCUGUUGCAUACUAAAUCACUUGCAGAACUUGUUUUAACUGUUUGUCCUUUUAAGUUUUCAGAAUGCAUUGGUAUUUUGCAGGCUCAUCCUUGAGGUGUAAUUUAAAAAAAAGUGUCUUUUGAGGUCAUCUGUAUAUCUGCUUCAGGGAUGUACACACUCUCAGGAGUACAGUCAGGAACUCUGGUAAGACACUGACACUGGACACAGGCUGUGAAACUGUAGAAUAUAUGAGAGCCCUAAUCUUUUCAAGCUUUCUCAUGAACCAGAAACACCAUAUCACACCUGCCACACUAUUCAGUAUAAUGUAGAAACUCCAAAAGUAUCUAGGGAGAGUUAUUUCUUUGAUACAGUCUGUCUUCUGAUGAUGUAUAUCACAUUAGUAAUUGGGAUGAUAUGCACAUUUAAUUUUUCCACCUAAAAGUGAACAGCAAUAGUUAGGAAAGCUGUGAUCGCAGCUGUUGUCUGUAUGAGUCAUGUCAACGGCUGAAACCUCACAUGAAAAAGAACCUCAGAAGAAGAAGUGCUUCAGAUAUUUGAUGUUUUCAUCCUCUAUUUGUUGCAUUCGUGUUUGUUCUUUUAAUGUUAACAAGUGUGUGUUAGACACAGAGAAAAGACUCAACGCAUGAUAUUGGUUGUGUGUGUGUUUUUUUUUUAAAGAGAUUAGCUUUGGUUGUCAAAAUUCUGUUUUAUUGCACUUUCUUCUGUUUUACUUUGUUAUGAAAUUAGAAUUCAGUUAAUUAAAUGUAUAUUCUUGGCAGCAAUAAUAAACUGGAUUCAAGCAGUGCGGCAGUUCGGUAGUUAUACAAAUGAGCUCAUGCACAGAGUAAGGUAAUCAGUUGGUUAAGUGUGGCUGUGGAUGGGUGGAAGCAGAGCGCCUCUAAAGGGAUAGUUCACUUGAUUUACUAGCUAUUUGUAAGCCUUGAAAGUACUGUACAUACUGUAGGUCUGUGAAGAGCACCUAAAGCCAAGCUGAUUAACUUAACGUUGAUUUUGGAGGCAAUGCAGAGGAACCAGUAUUUUCUCACAGCAUUCAGCACCUGUCUACCAGAAUAAGCAAAUUGUGCAAAAUAAUCAUUGCGAUGUGGUGCACAUGCACGUUUCAUACUCUAAUUAAGCUUUAGUCCAGAAUUUCAUUGCCUGACUGUCAGUGUUUUAAACAUAACAUUCUGCGGGACAACCUUUCAUCAAGAUGGCUCACUGAAUAUAACCAGAUAGUUGUCCAGAAAAGGCCAUACUCAAACUCAAGAACAGGGAUGUUAAAAAAUAAUUGUGUCAAAAUUUAGCAGGAAACUUCGGAGACUUCGUAUGCCUUGCAAGACUGUUCAGAGUUUCAGAGUUCAGCCAGUAUUGAUUAAUCAUGGCUGAUAAUCAGAUUCUUUCUUCCAUUUGGACUGAAGCUGUCUGUAAGUAAUAUAUUGUGGUGACAUUUACAGUGUUUGGAUUAGAUUGUUUGUGCAUUUGAAUGAAUCAGUGUGUCUGUUUUGGGCAGGACAAAAGUCCAUCUGAAACAGCACUUAGAUCACGCGACACUAAAGCUCAGGAUACUAAUAUUCAUUAAAUAUUGUUAAACAUGUUUGUGUGGAAUUUGAUCAAACAAUCAUGCGAUCAAUAACAGGAAAGGGCUUGCUGUUGAAGAACAGUGAAUUGUGUAAUCAAACCACAUUAUGCUGGAGGUGGAGAGCAUUAAAGGGGUAGUUUGGAUUUUUUAAAGUGGGGCUGUACAGGGUGCUUAUCAAUAGUCAGUGUAUUGCAUACAGUAGAUGUCAGCACGCCCCCAGUUUGGAGAAGCAGCAGGAGUAUUGAAACGGAACCGAAGCAAUGCACUGCUGUGGAUGGGGGCCAGCAGCAAAACAUAUUUUAACCACCUAAAAAAGUACGUAACAGCUUAAGUUUACAUUAUAUUAGGAACAUUUUGAUUGCUUUACUUUACCUUUCCAUUAGACAGCCUGGUCUGAUGGGUAAGCGGUAAACAGCAUCAAAGCCACCAGACUCCAUUGACAAAAACAGUUAUUUUGGAUUGCUGAUUACAGGAGCUGCUGGCCUACCCCUGCCUCUGUCAGUUAGUUUGUUUGUGCAAUUGUGGGACUUCGGUGAAUCCAAACCAAUCCUUUUAAAAGCCAAAGUCACACAAUAAUAAAAACUAACUAACUAACAAAGGCAGUGGUAGACCAGUAGCUCCUGCGUUCAGUGAUAUUAAAUCGCCUCUUUUCUCAAUGUAGUCUGGCUUUGAUGAGAGCGAUGUAACAACUUCAUUUCCACGCUUGCAAUCACUGUUUAACGUAAAGUAAAGCUGUCAAAAUACUCCAAAUAUAGUGCGCACUUUAAGUGAUAUUUCAUUUAUGGUUACUAAAAGAUGUCUACAGCAGUACAUUGCUUAGCUUCCAUGUCAGACUCCAGCCUGCUUCUCCAAACUGGUGGCAUGCCGACUGACAUCUACUGUAUGUAAUACGCUGACUAUGAAUUCAAAAGAUCCACACUAUCCCUUCAACACGCUGAUGCCCAUAUGAUGAGUUAAGUAAUUCAAAUAUUAAAGUCGCCCCCCAUAUUCUAAAAAUCAUUUUGCAAGUGAAGCUGUUUGAUGGGGAGGAUCCAUGUUUUGUAUUUAAACUGUUAUAUCACUGGUGUUAAGUUGCAGGUAUGAGACUGUUUGUGCCAUUUCCCAGGCAUGAUACCACACUGUGCUGGUCAGGUUCUGAUCAACUCUGUUCACAGCAUCUUAGUUUAAGUGGAAACCCCAUUAGACUCCGAAAGGACUGUGACACAUCAUCAACAUACAGCCUUUACCCAGUGCUUGUGUCAUCCCUCCACAUCUGCUUCUUUGCAGACAUGCACAUGCUAUAAUAAGCUAUGGAUCGUAACAGAGUUUUAUUUUCCAAUGUGUAUUUAAUAAACUUUGAGCGAA